AUGCCAGUGGGAGGGUCGUCCUCCCGUACCGGCCGGUUGGCUCGCAUCAGCCAGAGCAAUAUCCGACCCUUUGGCGGCUCCAAUGGCGGCGUCGGCAACGCUUCCGGCCUCGGUUUGCUUUUUUCACUGUUUCAAGUCGAGUUCUUAUUGAAAUCCAUCAUUGUGGAUUGCAGUUAUAAUGCAAAAGCUAUUAUUCCAAUCAAAAAAAAAAGUUAAAUUUUACGAGAAAAAAUUUGAAUAAAAUGAUUUUGAAAAUAAAAUACGAAAAUUCGAAAUUUCAUUCAGUUUGAAAAGUUUUUUUCGUUCUAACCGAAAAAAGUUAUAGAAAAUGAAUAUUUUUACUGUUCUUUAAACUCGAAAAUAUAUUUUUUUUUUUGAUUUUUAGCGAGAUUUUAAGAUGAUUUGACGGUCCAACUGGAUUCAAUUCAAGAUUUUCUUGAUUUAAAAUGAGUAAAUUUAAUUUCAUUGCGAUAGUUUUGUUUGCAAAAAAAGAUUACAUUAAAAUAUUUUUUUGGUCACAUUGGAGCAAGCUUUUCAAUAUUCCUGAAGUUAGGCCAUUCCUGAGUUAUUUUUUUCCAAGUUAAUAAUAAUCGUUAUUUUCAAUACAAGGCAAACAACUGAGAUACAGUUCGGAAAACAAAAAUGAGAUAACAUAGUUGCUGUUUUGAUUACUGAGAUGAAGAGUUGAGAAAAAUGAGUCCAUAUUUUUUAAUUUGAAAAAAAAAUCUGAAUCUUGUACUGAAAUGACCACAAAGUACUUCUACUCCCUUUUUUAUCGUGAUUUUCAAAAGUUUUGAACGUUUUUAUUCGAGAAAAUUAUAUAAGAAUCCCUCGAAAUCCGCCCAUCCCUUCUCGCUAACAAAAAAAAAAGACGUAUGAAGUUUCGUAACCCGGGAGCCGCCUUGCAAAACAAUAAAAUUGUUACAAUUCAUCGGAUGGCGAGUUCGUUUGAUGUUUAAAGUCGAUGUGCCCUCGGAUCGAACAGCUGUUCCUUCUUGGUUUUGUGCUCUUCCCACCGGCAAAAAAUCGAUAGUUUAACAUGCUUUGACACGCAAAACUUGUGAGUGAUGAGCCGGUUUUUUGGUGCGAAUCAUGGGUUUUUUGUUUUCGAACAAGUUCAGAUACACUAGUCGUGUAGUUGGGGGAAGAACUACUUUAUACUUUUGUUGACGGAUUUUUGAUUGCGUACAAAAAAGUGGGUUUUCGGGGUUUUUUGAAUCUUAGUUUUGUUGUGAAACUGGAAAAUGAUGUAGGAAACAAGAUUAAAAAGAACGAAAAAAAAAUCCAUUUUUAGUCAAUUUAUGUAAUACUUCAUUCGCCACGAUUUGAGAAAAUCUGGCUUUUCUGCGCUCUCUUUUCUCUCAUCCAUAGAGAAAAAAUGAAUAGCAUUCAAAAGAAGAGACAGAUCAGACUUUUUUCAUACUUUUUCUAAGCUAUGGUGAACGAGAUAUGAGGUCCUUAACAUAUGAAAAAAAGAAAAAUUUGCAAAAAUAUAGGAAAAGGAUAGAAUUUUUUUCAAUUGGUUUUUUUUCGAACUUGAAUAACGUCAAAGUUACUGAAAAAUGUUUUCAAAGUCGGUCAUGCUGUAAAAAAAGAGAUAAAAUCCCUUCAAAAGGCUCUCUCUUCGUCGGUAUGUGUGCUCCACUGAUAGUCAGUAAAAAUUGAUCUAUUUGAAAAAAAAAUAGAAUUCCGAUCUUGUCACUCGAGUUUGAAUGACUUUGCUGUUUCGAGUGUUUUUGAAAAACCUCGAACUUUGCAAUGUUGCAGUUGCGAUUGGAAUGAACUGUCGGCUCACACGCUCUAUCGAUUGAAAAAAAUAAGUUAUUGAGAUUUAAAAAAAAUUUUAGCUUUUUAAUUAUAUAAAUAUUGUCACUUCUACCUUUUUUUCUUUCUUCAAAUUUUACUAUUUUUUUUCCUAAUUUUUAGCCAGGGAGCACACAAAAUCGGCCCUCAUAACGCUGUUUAGGAUUUUUUUUUUUUUUUCAGGCCAAAUUUUUGGGUUUUUCAUUUCUCAGAAAAAUGACUUCAAAAAAUUAGCCAAAGAGCGCAGAAAAUCAUUUUUACGGCUAUUCUUUGACUUUGCCCACUUUUUUCAAGGGUUUUUGAAAACAGAUUCAAAAAACCCGGCUCAAAUUGAACUACGUCAGAAAUUCUCUCAACGUAAAGUCCAUCAACCUAAAUCAAGCCUCCGAAUCGGCAAUUUUCCAUGCAAAAGAAUGGGGCGAAAAUGUUCCCAUCAAGACGAGGAUAAAAAAGCAACGUGAGGCCGGGCUCCUGAACGAAAACGUGAAAAAUUACCGUCCGAAUGUGUCCGCGGGAGGUGUAAAGACGGAAAGACGGCGCCCCGAAAUCUUCAUUCUUUGUUCUUUUUUUCUUGUUUUUGUUUUCCUUUCCUUUGGAGCAUUUCGCGGUUAAUGAAGCUUCUCUUUUGGAGUUUUUGAGAAUAGCAGUGAUUUUUCUAAGUCGAACUAUGAUUUAAGCUUAAAUGAGACUAAAAAAACGUGACUGGUCCACUUGGAAAUAAAGCUUUUUUUCCCGGAGUUUUUAAGAUUAGCAGUGAUUUUUUUUAAGUCGAACUAUGUUUCAAGACUAAAAAAACGUGACAAAACGUUGGUUCGCUUGAAAAUGUAGCUUUAUUUCCAAAUUUUUUGAGAAAAUCCUUGGUUUUAAAUUCAAACUGUGUAUUUGAGUUUGAUUAAGACUAAAAAAUGUGACUGGCGCACUUGAAAAUGAAACUUUUUCUGGAUUUUUUGAGAAGAUGAGUGAUUUUUGAUUUGAGUUAUGUUUUAAGCUAUAAUGAGACUAAAUUAACGUGACUGGUUCACUUGAAAAUGAAGCUUUUUUUGGAUUUUUUGAGGGAAUCAGUGAUUUUUUAUUUUUGCUGGGAUUGGAGCUUGACAAGGACGCAAUAACGUUAUUUGGUUUGCUGGAAAAUUGAGCUUUUUCUAGAUUUUUUGAGGUACUGAGGGAUUUUACAUUCGAAUUAUGUUUUGAGCUUGAAUGAGACUAAAAAAACGUGACUAGAUAACUUGAAAAUGAAUCUUUUUUCCAGAGUAUUUGAAAAACUCAGUGAAUUUUAAUUCGAACUAUCAUUUGAGCUUGAAUAAUACAAAAGAAAAAGACUUGGUUAGCUAAAAAGAAGGGUUUUGAUUUUUUUAUAAAAAAACCAUGGAAAAAUUUAGAAAGAUCAGUAUAUCAUUUUUUUUAAGCCUUUUUUUAGAUUUUUUUAAUGCAAAAAAAUAUGAGUUAAUUGGAAUUUUUGAUCAAAUCUUAUAGACAGACCUAAAAUGAUGAAGUCCACUAGAAAAAUAAAAAGUUAAGAAGUAUUUUUUUGAUUUUUUUAAAUGAUAAAAUGUAUAAUAUUAAAAUAUUAUACCAUAAAUCGGCUCAUUUUGAAAAAUUAAGUUUAGCACAAAAAUAAAAAUAAUUUUACAUUUUCUUUGAAAAAAACUUCUAAAAGGGAAUUCAUCAUUCCGCUCAAUUCUUUUCGACGUCUGGAUUAUUCUGCCACCCGAAAACAGCUCAUUUUUUUAAAUUAUUUUUUUAGCAAUAGGUCUUCAAAUAAGGAUUGAAACAUAAUUUUUUUAAAAUGCUUCUGCUUACAUUUUUCGCCUUUUUCAAAUCGCUUUCCAGCUUCAAACUAAAGAUAAAAAAAUUGAAACAGGUUCAAAGUGUUCGGUGAAUUAAAUAUAAUGCAACGAUAAAUAAGCAAACUUUCUUUCCGAAUACUUGUUACGAUAUCAAAACGUUUUUUUCCUUUUUCAGAAUUUUUCCCGUUUUGAAUCAUUUUUAGAGCUUUUUCCCUUCAGGAAAAGCCGUAGAAUGACGCUAAACGUGUCGAAAUCCAGAAUAAUCUUCAUAUUUUAACAAAUUGCGGCCCUAAAUCUUCCUUUCUGCUAGCUUUUGACUAAAAACGUUCAUAGAAAGGACUGCAUUUCUAUUUUGUACAAAGAAAAGUUUUUCUAUAUUAACUGAACUAUGAAGUAAUUUCGCUUUUUUUCUUCUUACCCCAGAAUAAUUUUCUUGUAUAAGAGGAAAGUGGCGAAAAGCUUCGUUGGAAGGAUAAUAAACACUAGAAUAUUAUAUUUCCGUUGUGGCCCACAACUGGAAUUUCCAAUCUGGCCCAGUUUAUAUAUAUUUAUCAAUGGUUUUUUCAAGAGUCGUUCUCACGGAAAAUCGAUCUUUCCUGCAGAUCAAACAGAAUUUUUGCUCGCCUCUCUAUCGCCUUUGAAAAAGUUCUCAGUCAGACUCGAGAUUCUUUUUUUUCUGAAGCUGAGCUUUCAUGAUUCUACUUCCUUUUUAGUUAAAACGGCUUGUGAAAUUUUAAAGGUUUCACUGUAUGCUUUUUUGAGGCUUUGACUAUAAUGAAAACGAUUUCUUGUUGAUUGAUGGCUCUAGAUCCCUUUUUUGAUUUUUUCCUUUUUAUCUGAAGCUGAGCUUUUCAAAGUUUACAGUUGAGCUUCUACUUCUUCAAGAUGUUUGAAUGGUUUGAAAAUUUUUUAAGGUUUCUACGGUUUUAAUAAUGACUCGAAAUUAUUUUUAACAUUCGUUUAUAUUCUUUCAGUGGAUUUUCAACAUGUCAUUUUAAUUUUUAACUGUGAAAAGAUGUUCAAACGAUUUGAGACAUUUUAACGAUUCCAGUCUAUAUUACAAAGAAGAUUUUUCUCAUUUUUCGCUCAUUAUCAAAAAAAGUUUUCGGGUUCAUUGAUGAAUUUUUGAAAAAAGCAGUCCGUCCUCGGCUUUUCCCGACCACUCAUUUGUCAUUUUUCAUUUUGCGGAAGCCGAUUUUUUAAAAGAAUUUCGAUCAAAAGGAAGUUUUUAGAAAGAAAACUAUCCGUAGGGAUCCAAAUCUCAAUGGAUUUUUCGGUACUAUUGUUCUAUUAACUACGAAAAAUAACUGAGCUUUCCUGACUAUAUUAUUCAAAAAAAUAUUUAGUCCAAGGUUUCUAAUGGUACAUAUUUCAUAAAAAAACUUGAGUAUGGGAAUUUCUUUUUUUCCAAUUUUACUUCAAAUCUGACUAAAAAAAGCUCAGAUAUUCCUAAUAAAUAACGGAAAAAAAGUAGGAUAAUAGUCGACCUGAAUUAUUGAGGUACACAGUAAGCUUAGUUUGCCCUAUUUGUAGAUACCUUUCCAUUUUUUUUGAGGUCAAUUUUCAGAAAGAAAAAAUAUUCAGGUUUUCGUUUAGGUACAUAGAAAGGGUAUGCUUUCCCUCCAGCUUCAAAUUUACCUAAUAAAUUCUUUUUUUAAUUUACAUUUUUUUUUUUUUGAAAUUUAAUCAAGGUCACGUAAGCUUAGGUUACUCUUUUUUUAAGAUCUUAUCCAGUUUUUUUCGAGUCGAUCUUUUAAGAAAAAUAUAUAAGCCUUAUGUAGGUAUUUAGAUAACUUAUUCUCCAUAUUGAACUUCAAACUCACUCAAUAAAUUCAUUUUCAUUCAGAUUUUCUUAUUUUUUCAUUUUUAUAUAUGUACUCAUUAAGCUUAUUUCACUCUUUUUCCAGGCAUACGUUCAAUUUUUUCCGAGUCAAUCUUUUUAAAAAAAUAUAGGUCUUAUUUAAGUACUCAGAAAGCUUGGUCUUGGUACUUCAGCUUCAAAUUCACUCAAAAAAACUUCAUUUUAAUUUACAUUUCUUUUUUUUAUAUAUUCACUGAGUAAUCUCAGCUAGCCCCUUUUUGGGAGUCUAUCCUAUUUUUUUUCCGAGACUAUCCUUAAAAAAAUAUAUCUAGGCCUUAUUUAAACACUCAGAAAGCUUAUUCUUCAAAUUGAACUUCUAACUCUCUCAAUAACUUCAUUUCAACCCAACAUUUUCUUAUUUUUUAAAUUUAUUUACGUUCUCAGUAAGCUUAGUUUGCCUUUUUUAGGCCUUAUUUUUCCGAAACGAUGAAAUACGCCUUAUUUAGGUACUCAGCGUAUUCUCCAUAUUGGACUUAAAAAUCUCCCAUAACUUUAUUUGAUUCCAUUCAAUUGUUGUUUCAAGUUGACUCAAACUUCAACCCGACCUCAAGUCCAUCGAAGUCGGCUUGGCAAAGGCGAAAAUUGGGCCGCGGGAGCCUCGCGGGAGCACUUUUCAAAAAAAUAUAUAUAUCUGGUGCGGCUCCAUACACACAUUGUCGCCUUCGAAGGGCUCGUCCAGCCACUUUUUUUUCGUCGUCCCUUGACUCACUUCUUCUUUUUUUUGCUGCUGUUUUUGAGCGAUUGUCUUUUCUGGAACGAUUUCGGAACGAGAUGCCAAGAGAACUUCAUUUUUCUUCGCUCCUAGGAUGUCUUUUGAUGUCGGAUAAUCGGGUUUCGGCUUUUUUAAAGAUUUUUGGAAAAAAUUUGACUUUUCCUUGAGGUUUUCCGUCAAAAUAACGCUCUAGAUGCUGUUGAAAUUUGAAUUUUUCAUCAAAUUCUUCAAGUAAAAGAUAUUUUCCACGUUUUUUAUCACCGUGGUCGCAUUUGGAAUGGCUGAAAGUGUAGCUGCAGCGCUGCGGAUCAAAAAGUUUAAAACCGUUUUUGGUUUUUCUCGAUUUUUAUUAAUGAUACGUCUUUUUCUCGCCCUUCUUGAGAAAUUUUUGACAAAAAGUUGGCUUUUCCUUGAGGUUUUCCGUCAAAAUAACGCUCUAGAUGCUGUUGAAAUUUGAAUUUUCCGUUUAAUUUUCGAAAUAAAAAGAAACGCGACUCAUUUUCAUGAAUUUAUUCAUCGCGGCCGCAUUUGGAAUGGCUAAAUGCGUCGCGGUUCUCUUGCGGAAGGACUAUUUGUUUUCCAAAAUAUUUUUUUUUCUUUCAAUUCACGUUGAUGAUAAGCCUAUUUUCGGCAGUCUUUGAAAAUUUUAGAAAAAAAACUGACUUUUCUUGGACAUUUUCCGUGAAAAUAAUGCUCUAGGUGUCCUUGAAAAUUUAAUUUUCCAAUCAAUUUUGCUUUGCAUAAAUCACUGUGGUCGCAUUUGGAAUGGCUAAAGGCGUAGCAUUUGCAUCGAGUAUGGAUUGGCUCAUUUUUCAGAAUAUUACUUUUUUUUUAAUUCGCUUUGAUGAUAAGUGUCUCUUCUCUAAUUUUACACAUUUUCAUUUUCUGAACUUUUCCUGUUUCUUCCGAGUUUCUUUUAGGAAGAUGUUCAUGAAAAGACGUUUAUUUCGUAAAAUUCGUUCGAAAAUGAUCAACUUGAAUCAAAUUAAGAACUUUUAGAAAAUUUCUCGAAAUUCAAAUUUCAAAUCUAGAUUUUUCAUGUGAUAAUUGGGAUAUUUUAAAUAAAUAAAAACUUUCAUAAAUUUUUUUUCUUUCUUUCUAUUUCAAGGUUAUCUCAUUCACUUGAUGUUGCAAAAGUUGAUUUUACCAUUAUUUUAAGCCUACGAACCUUAUUUUUUCACUUUUUGAUCUGAAAAUCUAUUCUAAAAAUUUGUUUUUACACUCCCAUUGUUAUCCUCUUACACUAGACCGUAAAACUUCUGCAUAUUUAUUAUCUAUAUCAUGGAAAAACGGCUUACGAGCUUUCGCAUGUUAACGGCCAACGGACGCUUGUUAGUACGCUCCCUUCCGCUCGUUUUUCGAAUUCAAGACUUCCCUACUUAUUUUCUAGAUGCAUAAUCUAAUCGAUAAAUCGACUAUCGAUUGAUUUAUCGAUUACUUGGGAGGCUGAUGCCGUUCAGUCUGCUCUGCUCGACUGGUUACUUCGCUAAAGUGGUCCGACGGGCUCUCAGGGCUCGGAAUGAUGCAGAAAAUCGUAGGAUUGACAAAAAUGGUGAUUCGAGGGUGUAGUGUAUUCAUGCCUGGCUCUGAAAAAACAUUUUUUCCGUCUUUUUUCCAAUUUAUUCGGGGUUCUUAUGAGCUUAAUACUUUGAUGACUCACAAAGAGGUCAUUUUAUUCUUCGGCUCAGAAUUCGCUUAAAAUUGGUCAGAUUACUCCUGGAUGUACCUAAUGAAGAUUCUGAUAGUCUCAAGCUGUAUAAUUUUCUAGUUUUUGAAAAAUGAGGGCUCAAAGCUUCAAAAUUGCCCGUUUUGGAGGAUUUUCAGGGUUUUCUUUGACUUCUAGGUGUCUAUUUUCAAAAACUGAGAAUUUGAGCAGGUUCAGAUUUUCAGAAAGAUUCGAAGAUGAUUCUAGCAAAUUUUCAGGAAUUUCUUAAUCCCAAAGUAAAAUUACGUUCGUAGUCGACAUAUUUUUUGAGAGAUUAAUCAAAAAAUGUCUCGAAAUAUGAAUUCGGGUUGAUUUUUGAGUAGAGGUAAGUCCAGAGAGAAACUACUAGGAAUAUGUUAUGAAAAAUGAAAAAUAAUGAAUUCAAGACAAAAACUUUCAAAUCAUCUUUUUCCAGGAGGCCACCCGAUGUCCGGAGCCGAGCCGAGCUCGCCGACCAAGAAAGAAUCGAAACAUCGGUUCGAAAUCACCAAAAAGCUUGGAUCGGGUACCUACGGCAAAGUUUCCCUGGCCUACGAUCACAAAUUUGAUAGAGAGGUCGGAAAUGAACAAAUUGGUCUUUUAGAUGGAUCACAGGCUUUUGAGAAGUCGUUGAAACUGUAAGAAAACAUUUCUAGGAUUGUUUUUAAAGUUUUUAAAGAACUUAUUUCGAACUUUAUUUUUUUUUUCACUAAAAUUAGGAAUUCCUUAUUUUUGGGUAGUACCCUUCUUGUCUUUCUUGUCCUUCAAAUUAAAAAUAAGAGAUUUUUUUUAUGGAAAAAAACUAUAUUUUUUUCAGCUUUUUGAAGCCUCAUAACAGACGUACAGUGGGAAUAGUUGAAUAAAUUUUUAAAUAUUAAUUAUUUGAAAGAAAAAUAAUUUUUUUGGAAAGCUGGUGAAGUUCAAAAAAGUGUUCAAUAUUUUUUUAGAAAAAAAUUAUGAUUUUUUUGCAAGAAUUUCAUCAUCGAAAAAUCCUAUGAUUUAUCAAAAAAAUUAUAAGAAACUUUUUUUGAGAAAAAUAUCUUCAUGUUUUUCAAACUUUUAUGAAGUUUCAACUUCAAAACGAGUAUAGUGGGAAAAAUGUUAAAUAUUAAAAUGAUUGAUUUUAUUUGAUUUGAAACAUGGGAAACCUGUUUCGAAAGCUCUAAUAAAAAGCUUGAUUUUUUUAAAUAUUGAUCUGUUCUGUUUGGCAAAAUUGUUAUAAAAAUAUCUCUUUUUUUCUUGCGCGUCAUUUUUUUCUUACAAAAUUACAUGAAACGUCGAUAAAAAAACCAUUUUUUUCUCUAACGAUUAGUUUUAUUUCUCACAUAGCCUCAAAGUUUCUGUUCUACUCCAAAAAAAAGCACUUUUGACGACCGAAAAUACUGCCACAGAACACACAUAUGUAUAGUGGGAAUACUUUACACAAAAGUCGUUAAAAAUGAACGAAAAUGCUUGGGAAAUAGAAAAACAGGACUUCAUUGAAAAUCGGACGGUUUUAAAUAUUAGCAAAGAUUUUUGAAUCAUAUAUGAAAUGUAGUUUUUUUCUCAAAAGGGUCAAGAAGUUUUUGAUUGAAGAGCUCGAGACAAGAAAGUGUCAUCUCGUGAAAAAAUGCCUCUUUUUUCCGGAUUCCUCUGGGAAUUUCCCCUGCAAAUCUGGUCUUUUCUUGACUUUCUUCCUUGUGCGAAGAACGAAAAAAGACGAAAAAAUUUGCAGGUAGCAGUGAAAUUGAUCAAGAAGAGCGCGAUCGAGAACAAGGCGGACUUGGUGAGAAUUCGGCGCGAAAUUCGAAUUAUGAGCGCCUUGAAUCACCCAAAUAUUAUUCAAAUUUACGAAGGUUUUCGAAAAAUGAGGAAUUUUUUGGAAGAAUAGAAUUUUUUCAGUAUUCGAGAACAAGGACAAAAUUAUUCUCGUGAUGGAGUACUCAAGCGGGGGAGAGUUAUACGAUUACGUGUCAAGGUAAAAAAUAACGAUUUUUGAAAAAAAUGGUCUUUGAAAAACUAAAAAUCACUAUCUAAAUGUUUUUAGUAAUGAUUUUGAAAUUUCUGAUCCAUUCCAGAUUUAUGAGACUUCACAAAAAAAUUGCGGAAGUGUUAAAAUUUCCAUUAAGCUGUUUAGGUCUCUCCUAGGAACACUAGAGUGGUCACUAGAGGAACCACUUAAGAGGCUUUUGUAGGGCGUUCCUAUGAGUAUAACACAGAAGAAUGAUUUUCGCCGCGAAGCCCUUAUAAUUUUGGCCGUUCUCCUUUGAACGCCCUGAAAAAUCUAAAUUAGGCAUACUUGCAUAGAUUUAUUAUAAGGGAAUGUUUUUUGUCCCUGGGGUGAACUUUUGAUGAAACUCAAGUGUAUUUCACGAUCCCUCAUUUCAGAAAAAGAAACAGUUGAUAUUGUUUUUGAUUUAUGAACAGAAAAUGAGCCUAUAAAAUUAGGCUCAUUCUGAAAUUAGGAGGUUCCGAAGUACACUCAGCAAAUUCAGUUCAACUGGCGACUAUAAAAGUUAUCUCGAUGGAAUUAUUUUCAUUUUAUAGCCGGUGUACCACGAUUUGGAAUUUCACCGAACGACAUUCCGCUGUGCCGCUGCGCGCCUUUGCGAACCUUGGUCGCGCUUUUAAUAUUUUUUUUUCUAAUAAGGUACCCUACUUUCCUGUGCUCCCAAAGCAAUAACAAUCAAUUGAAAGCGUGACCUAGACUCGAAAGACGCUUCGCGAACGCACGCAGCGGAACAGCGGAAUGUCGUUUCGUGGAAUUUCAAGUCGUGGCACACAGACUAUACAACGCGAAAUUUAAUACUAAGCGGUAUCGGUGAUCAGAGAUAUGAAUUGAAGAUGCGGGUCGCUGCCAGAAAGUGAAGCUCGACGGAUAUUCCGACAAAUCACUUCGGCCGUUUUGUACUGCCACAAGGUACCCAGACAACUAUAGUUCCGUCAGAAAAUAUACGGGAAAAAACGCUUUUUUGGAUGGAGUUUGAUCUUUCUGAACUUAUUUGGAGUUUUUAGGACUGUACCUUGUAAAAUUCUGGUGAAUUUUGGUUGGAAGGAAAAAAGGAAGCUUUUUAGAGUUUCAUGAAGAUUGAGCUCCAUACAAGGACUUAUGAGCUAAGGAAGAAUUCCGUGUUUUUUCGGACCUCACUGUAUAUAUUUUCAACCAAAAGUAGCAUUUUUUCAGCACCAAGUGGCGCAUAGGGAUUUGAAAUUGGAGAACAUCCUCCUCGACCAGGAUAACAAUGCCAAAAUCGCCGAUUUCGGCUUGUCCAAUUAUUUCUCGGACAAGGUCCUUCUGACGACUUUCUGUGGGAGUCCCUUGUACGCCUCGCCGGAAAUCAUCAAUGGAACGCCUUAUAAGGGACCUGAGGUGAUUCAAUAAUGCAAAAACUGUUUUUUAACGAAAAAUGAACUGAGUUUCGACUUUUUGAUAUUUCUCAUAAGAAAAAUGAAAUAUAGCCGAUUCACGACUAGCUUGGGCGGCUAAGGGGGCGUGGCCUGUCUGCGCUCUCCACGAGCCAGACACUAUCUCGUGCAUUAUCCUGUCAGGACCCUUUUUCGAUGGCUUAAGCCGCCGUGAAUCAAUUUUAAGGAUGUAGUCCAAUUCAGAACAGCGUUUUGAAGAGUCAAAGGGAAAAAGUUCCUUUAAAUCUAAAAAAAUAUCUUUUUUUCAAGUUUUUCAAGUGAUCGAGUCUAUCCAGAAUUUUUUUUAACAGAAUUGCUGAAUUUUAUUUUUUUCAACUCAAAAAAAUGUAUUUAUGGUUUCUUCUCAUGUUAUGUUUGUCACUAAAUAAACGUUAAGAACUCUCUUCAAUUUCCCUCAAGGGGCCACCUUAUAUACCUUAAAGAGGGCAGUAAAACUUGCAAAAGUGGCCACUCUAGGGCAGGAUAAUUGUAGCCUCUAUACCUACUUUUAACUUACGAAACAUAAGACUACUAUAGGAACCACUUACGCUUUGGGUCCUAGGGGUCAGAUCCCGAAUCCCUAUAGGGACCACUUGAAUUUUCCCGUUCUACAGAGCCCUUUUUUCCCCUAAUCUGGGAAAAUUUUUAAUGGCCACUAUAGGGUUUUGACGUUUUAGUGGCCACUACAGUAGUCGAAUUAGUGGCCACUUAAUGGGUUAAAAAUUAGUGGCCACUAUAGAGGUCAAUGGAUCAGCAUAACAGGUCCAAUCUGUUUGUUUUAAAUUAUCAGAGUUACUGGAAGGGAUACUGGAUUAGAAACUACUUAAGUUGUCACUAAGUAGAGAACCUUUAUAGUGGCCACUAAAAGCUUUCCCAGUUGGGGCCCUAAACCCUCUAGGGAUCACUCUGGAUUUUCUAACGGAUUGGGAGAGUUCCGAAUUUCAUGAACCUACAUAUUCUCUCGAUAAUAAGUAACAAUUUGAAGAAGGAAUGGAACCAUUGAAAAUCAUAUAUAUCUUUAGGUGGAUUGCUGGUCUCUGGGUAUCCUUCUGUACACCUUGGUCUACGGUUCGAUGCCAUUCGACGGCCGGGAUUUCAACAGAAUGGUCCGGCAGAUCAAGAGAGGCGCCUAUUAUGAGCCGGAAACGCCUUCAAGUGAACACUUCAAUGAAAAAAAAAAUGAUUCUGAAAUUUAGCCGCUUCCAUGUUGAUUCGAAACAUGCUUCGCGUAAAUCCGGACCGAAGAGCCAAUAUUUUCGACAUCGCCUCGCAUUGGUGGCUCAAUCUUGAAGAGAAUAUGCCGGUCAUUCAGGAAUUACCUGAGAAUCAGGUGAAUUAAUCGUGAUCUUAAGGAGUUUUUCUAUUUUUGUUUAAAUAUCAGGUGUAGUUCGCUUACUAGGGAACAUUUUUGCGUCUGUCUACGGUACAAAGGGUCACAAGUUCGUUCCCCGCCGCGACCCACCCGGUGAAGUAGUCGCUGAUUAUCACCGAUAUCAGGAGAGGAACACGGCUCAGCGACUUGGGGUGCCAGCUAUUGGGAAAAUGUUCAGUGGCCACUAUAAGGUUUUUGAGUUUUAGUGGCCACUAUAGUGGUCAAUGGAUCAACGUAACUGGUCCAAUCUGUUUGUUUUAUAAUUAUCAGAGUUACUGGAAGGAAUAUUGGAUGAAUAACUACUCAAGUGGUCACUAAAACGGAAAAUAGUGGCCACUUUAGUGUCCUCUCCAAGUAGUCCAUGGCGAACCUCUAUAGUGCCCACUAAAAAUUUUCCCAGUAUACCUCGAAAAAGUCUGACUUCUCUGCACCCUCCUGACAUGAUCGAGAGAAAAGAGGGCGCAGAAAACUCGGCCUUUCAAGUGCCCAAAAAUGGGCUCUUGUUAGAGAAAUAAAAAAGUACCUGAUCAGUUAUUUUUCAUUAAUCUUUUGAGAUUCAAUUGAUUCAAAAAGUCUUUUCCUAGAUUUGGAAAUCAAAGUGAACUCUUUAGGGCCCACACUGAUCUAUGAAUACAUCAUCAAUAUUCAAGUUCCUCGCUACUUUUCCUCAUUUCGAACGACAAGAUUGCAGAUCACGGACCACACGCCCCUGACCGAACGAGCGGAGACGCUCUUUGUCCAGGAUCUGGCCGACGAACAGGACGUCUUCAUGGAAUUCGGCCAUCUGAGCGUCGAAACAAGACGGAAAAUCGAAGACUUCCGACGGCGAAGGAAGGAGGCCGAGGAGUUCAACGAGAACUCGCCCGUCAAACCGCCCAAGGCCCGCAAAACCGACGAGUCCGGCGUCGUCCAACCGCCACAGGAGGAGAUGAAAGCCGCCGAGAAGAGUCUCAGAGGCGUCAACGAGGAAAAGAUCAAGGUAGGAGAUUCUGGGAAGCUUUCUAGUCGGUUUGAAAGAUCAUUGAAGGAGGAUUGGAAUACUACAGAUAGGUUGAAGGAUCUGUUUUUUUUUUGAGAUGUUUCUGAGUCGGUGAAGCCUUUUAUGAAUUAAAAAUCUAAGAAAAAUUAGUAGAUUUCCUCCUAGAAAAAAAAAAUCGAGGUGGGAGAUUUUGGGAUCAUUUUCCGCCGCUUUGAGAAAAAAUUGAGACAGAAAAGAUACAGGAGAUAGGUAGAAGAGUUAUUCAAAUAAUAUUUUCAAUCCUUUGGGAUUUUUUUUUAGUCCUUGUAGCUUUCGAUAAAGUACGGGUGUGAAAAAAAUUUAAAUUUUGCGGAGAUCCUUCCAUGAAAAAAUGAUUGAACGUUGUGGAAGUCAAAUCACUAGGAAUAACAAUGACGAGCUUUUUAUCGAAUUUAGGAAACCGUGAAGUUUCAUUAAUGAAGUUUUUUUUUUUGAAAAAGGUCUCUAAAGAUUUGCUGGGGAAAUUUUUAGUGGCCACUAUAGUAGUCAAAUUAGUGGCCGCUUGAGGGGUUAAAAAUUAGUAGCCACUAUAGAAAUCGAAGUGCUAAUACUAGAUCACUAAACAUUUUAGUGGCCACUUUAGGGGUCAAUGGAUCAACAAGGAAAAAUGGAUGAAAAACUACGGAAGUGGCCACUAAAACGGAAAAUAGUGGCCACUAUAGGGGUGGGUUUAGUGGCCACUUUAAUGGUUUUUUAUUGUCGUUUCAUGUAAUCAUGUAGAAAAAAUGACGCGCAAGAAAAAAAGAGAAAGAUUUCAUAACAAUUGUGCAAGACAAAACAGGUCGGCAUUUAAAAAUCAAGGUUUUAGAGCUUUCGAAACAGGUUUCCCAUGUUGAAACUCGUUCCGAAGUUGAAAAAUCAUGCCUGUUUGAAAAAUAGAGAAUUAUUUUCAGAAAAAAAUUGAAAAAAAUUUUUUUUUAGUCUUGGUUUUGUGAAAAAAAUCGAUUUCUCAUAAAAAAGAUGAGGAUGUCAUUCAGUAAUUUGGCUAUCCGAUUUUUUUCCUGUCAAGUUGACAUUUUUCUCAAAAAUUCUUUUUUUUUCCCAAUUUUGAUCAUCAUUUCGUCAUUUUUUUAUCAGGUUGACUCUGAUGAUCCGCUGGAGCGACUUCGUCAGAUUGAAAAUCGCCUCGGGCAUAACCACCAGAAGAAGGAGAAGGCCGAGGUUUCGAUCGUUCUUUUUUUCAGAGUUUUUAAAAUUUUAUUCGAAGAAUUUUCAAAAGAUCAAGUAUACGGCGGGGAUAUAA